AUGUUGCGCGCAUAUCUGCAAUACCUCAAGCAAUUGCAGAGUUCGUCCUGUCGGCUUCUAUUUUUAGCGUCAGCCCGCCGUGGAGCCCGUCGUGGAGCCCACGGCGUCUGGGCUGGGCCCACUGCGACACCGCCCAUGUACAGCCCCCGCAUCCUUGUGUGUCGCCCCAAAUUGAAUGCGACCUUAAGUAUUCAACGCCGCGCCAUCAGGCUUUUCCAAAAGCGCAAGACCACUAUUCAACAUACUCCUAAGAAUCCAAACACCACGCGUACGUCUUCAAGUCACUUGCACCUAUUCUAUCUUCCAUCGGGUCUUCACUAUCUUUGUACACUCGUUGGAAAGCCAAACUCCCACCACGGCCCAAUGGCGACGACCGACGCGCUCUUGUCAGCCGUCGAGGCGAACAACCUGGACGAGCUGAAGAGCCUUCUAGAACAACUAGAUGGUCCGCUGAGCAACAACGUUACCCUACAUGAAGUGCUUGACAAGGCCGUGGAGUUGGGUCGAUUCGAGAUUGCUGAAGAGCUUUUCAAACGUGGGGUGACUUGGGGAGAUGCCACAAUAGAAUCCGUGGUGGCAGGAGGCAAUGAGGCCAACGGCUGGAACACCAAAGCCAUUGACUUGGCCCUAGCCUACGGCUGGGAUAUCAACACUCAUUAUGACCAUGUCGGAAGUCCUCUCGUCCAUUGCGCUUCGAUGGGCGAGAACAGCGCUGCCAUCAUCUCACAUCUCCUUUCUAAAGGUGCUGAUCCCAAUGGAACAACUCAAAUGAGUUUGAAUCCGCUGGAAUGGGCUUGCCAGCAUGGUGAUCUUGACGUGGUCAAAGUUCUGCUUGCGCACGGUGCAAGAGCGCAAGACACAUGGGCACUUCGAGAGGCUUCGGAGGCUGGAAAGCUUGAGAUCAUGAAGCUGUUAGUCUCUCGCGGGGCUGACAUCAAUGGUCGCCCGGACGACACUUAUGUAACACCUUGCUAUCUAGAGGAUGAUAGCUGGGGCUGGCCCCUUCAUGGUGCAGUUGGGUCCGGCAGUGCGGAAUGUGUCAAGUUCCUCCUAGACAACGGAGCGUUAACCGAUGGAAAGAAUCCAAAAGGGUUAACACCGUUGGAUCUUGCGAGGAAAAGGGGAAACGAGGAGAUUAUUAGGUUGUUAGAGAAGAAAUCAUAG